AUGCCGGCACAAGAAUCAAACUUCAAACGCUUCGUCGAGGUUGGCCGAGUUGUGCUCCUCAAGGGCGGCCCGCAUGCAGGUCACAUCGCUGUGAUCGCGGAAAUUAUUGACCACAAUCGCGCCAUCAUCGACGGUCCCACAACAGGCGUGCCUCGGCAAUCCUUCCCCUACCGCCACCUAACACUUACACCAUUUGUCCUCACCAAGCUGCCCCGCGCAGCAGGCUCUGGGGUCAUCCGCAAGCAGCUCGAGAAGGAGGGCACCGUCGAGAAGUGGCAGAAGUCAUCGUGGGCACAGAGACGCGCGGCGAUCGAGAAGCGGCGGUCACUGAACGAUUUCGAGCGCUUUUGUGUCUUGCUCGCGAAGAAAGCCCGCAGAGAUACCGUGCGCAAGGGCGUCGCUGCCGCUAGCAAGUCUACGUGA